UAACAUGCUUUCUCCAUCAGCUAACUGCCAUCAGCUAGCAGCAGCAGCACCAGAAGGAGCAGCAGACGCAGCAGCAGCAGAAGCAGCAGCAGCAGCAGCAGCAGCAGCAGCAGCAGCAGCAGCAGCAGCAGCAGCAGCAGCAGCAGCAGCAGCAGCAGCAGCAGCAGCAGCAGCAGCAGCAGCAGCAGCAGCAGCAGCAGCAGCAGCAGCAGCAGCAGCAGCAGCAGCAGCAGCAGCAGCAGCAGCAGCAGCAGCAGCAGCAGCAGCAGCAGCAGCAGCAGAAGGAGCAGCAGACGCAGCAGCAGCAGCGGCAGCAGCAGCAACAGCAGCCGCAGCAGCAGCAGCAGCAUCAGCAGCAGCAGCAGCAGCAGCAGCAGCAGCAGCACCAGCAGCAGCACCAGCAGCAGCACCAGCAGCAGCAGUAGGAGCAGCAGCAGUAGCUACAGCCAUCACCAUCCUCCCCUCCGAUUUGAGCCGCCACGGGUGAAAGAAUGGGUAAAUCCAACCAUCUACCCUGCACGUACCAGAAUG